UUGCAAAUUUUUAACAAGUAACUAUGGUAUUUUGAUAAAAAUUGUUAGUAAAAUAGCAGUUAAACCUAAUUUAUGUGUUUUUAUGGUUUUUUAAGAGUUUUACUUCGUUAACAGCAUCCUGUCCAAUUUUUGUUCUUAGCAUGAAAUUUAUCUGAUGAAAAGUCAACUUAAACUAAAUUUACAAGAUAUCGACAUAAAUGAUGUCACAGAAUGAGAAGACAUGAAAGUUAAUAAAGCUAAGGUUCCGAAGAGUAAGCACACUAAACAGUACCUGAAAGAGGAAGAACCAAAAGGAAGUUUAUUUAAAAGAAUUAGCAAAACUUGCUCUAAAAAUGAAGAAAAUUACGAAAUCGGAUGUCAAAGCAGCUGUCAUAAUAGAAAUAACCUAAAAUAUGUCUUUCGUUGUAAAACUAUCCAUGUGAACUACUACAGAGAAAAACGAAAUACACCUAAACUAAAUGCAGAGGAUAUAGCAAGUAGCACAACUAUAAUUAAGAUUGGAAGCAUUAGAGCUGCUACUGAUAGAAAUGUUCAGAGAAUUCAUUUGCCAGAAGUGGAGACCAGAGGAGUCGGAAGCAAGCCUGUACUGGGUUCAAGAAGAGCAUCGUUACACAAGCGUUCCAGCAUAAUUGUUAAAAAUAGAGCCUCUAAAUGUUUUAUGGUAAGUAUAGCUGCAGCCACAAUAAACAAAAAAAUAUCUCCUAUAAAUAUACCAGAAAAUAAGGUAUUGCAUUUUGGAGACGAUUAUGUAAAUCAUAAAACGGAUGUAGCUGAUAACAAUGUUGAUGAAAAGAAGGAGACCUUUGGCGGGAUAGGAGAUGUUUGUUUUCCUAGCAUAUUAACAAAAAACAAACCUGAAAAUGAUCAGUCGCAAAAUGUACACGCAGAUGAUAUCUUGGCAGAGGGUAACAUGCCUUUUGCUAUCCCGAAUAAAAUGGUUGAUAUCAAGAUGCCCAAAAGCAAAUCUCCGUUAAGAUUAUUCAAAGGACUAGGCAGAAAAAAAGGUAAAACCUUAAAAGAUAUGUCCGAAUCUGCCAAUAAUGAAAAAGAUGUUUAUGACGAACUAAUAGACCUGAAAACCAAUUUACAUGAAGAUAACGUUACUUGUCUAGAGAAGGAUAAUGACAGGCACGAGAAACUUAAAAAUAAUGCCAAUUUUAAAUGUAGCUUUACAACUAAUAGAUGCGAAGUAAAAACAUAUUCAGAUCUCAGUAAAAAUCGUAAAUCAAAAGAAAAUAUCUAUUAUAAACCAAACAGAGAAUUUAGUUGGUUAGCCAAAUUCAUGGCAAACAGAUACGAUUCCAAAGACAAUGUACAUAUAAGAUGGUGCAACCAAACGUAUGGGCAUAGCAGCAAAACAAUUUCAAAUCUCAAACUCUCACUUUGUAAUGAUCCGGACCUUGUAUUCAAAUCUAGUAGUAAAAUGCAACAGCCUUACUUAAAUACGAUGUGCAACGAUAAAAAGAAGUCGGUGAAUUUUUUAUAUCAAAAUGUACAAGCUUUUAUGAUUCACACUAUAGCAACUGAUAAACCAGUCAACAUGGUUGUGCCGAAGAAUAGUUUAGCCAUUAGCAAUGAGGACAAGUAUAUAGGAGUAAAAUUUUCAGAACCGACGCCUUUUAAAAACCCUACAGACCGUCUUCUAGAAAUGACAGACGUAUUCAACUCUACUACAAUGGUCCAAUUUAAAAAUUGUAAUACACGAUCUGAGUAUAUCAAAAUUAAGAUUCCGGAAGGGUUUCUUAGUAAUACCACUACCGAUGAGAAUACAAGUCAAGAAGAAACUCCAAAUAAUAACUCUAGCACCGAAGAAGUAUGUAAACAGAUAGUUGAAUAUGAAACACUGCAAGCAAGAUCAAAAAUAAAAAAUAAACCAAUUCCUACCUUGUGCACGGAGCACGGAGAUAACGUUGUGAAUAAAAAUCUAGAAAGCUUUAAAAUCUGCGAUUGUGUGAAGAAAUCUUCAACUGCAGAAGUAGAACCGCACAGUUUCCAAGAAACUGUCGUACAAGAGGUUAUAUUGGAUACAAGGAGCAGAAGAAAAAUGAAGAUAAUUGGGUCGAAGAAUUACGAAAUUGAAUCACAUUCACAGCCAUCCACUGUGAAGGCUCACAAGAAUUGCGGAUUGGCAGAUAUUUAUUUGAAAGAUUACUAUCGCAACUGGAUACCUGCAGAAUCUAAUGCAUCAUCAUGUUAUGUAAGUGAAGUAGACCGUAAUGUGGAUCUCGAAAAUGACAUUGUUUUUCAUAACAUGGGCGUAAGACGAUCCAAAUCUUGUUGUAACCCCGGCAAGACUACUAAAUGUACUCCAUCGUCAACAGUUUCUACUUGUAACAUUUCAAAUAAAGGUAGUAUUGACAAAAUGAUUAAAGAUACUCUGAAAAAAAUUGUUAUGAGAUCGCUUACGUCGAAAUAUUCGGACUAUGUUCGAAAAGUAGAUAAGAAAAUUGAAGACUGCGUUUGUGAAGAAACCCUGAAUAUCCCUAAAUCAGGAAAUCAUCAAUGCCCUAAUGAAAGUCCAUUGCCUUUACACGUGAUGCAUUUUUCUUCCAAGUUUUUAACUUUCAUUAAAAACAUAAUCCAAGAAGACACUGAUAGUAACGAAGUGAGAAUGCCUCGGCGCGGCAAAAGAUGUUCCGAAAAUGUUAGCAACGUACUAACAAUGGAAAUCAAAGAUGCAGAAAAUGAUCAUUCAAGCGUUUCUGACUACCUAAGAACUAGUCAAGAAACUUAUUUAUCUAUGGCUCCUGGCAGUAUUAAAGGUUACGAGUCUGUUAAUUUUGAAGAAGCCUCGAAACAAAACCCACAAAUAGAUAUUAAUAUUAAAAUCGAUGUAGGCGAACACAUGAAAGAAUGUACCAAAUCUUUAUCUCACAUGAAUAUAGAGGAAGAGGGCGAGUGCUGUAUUUGUUCUGAUGGCGAUGAAUUUGCACAGUCUUCAAAUAUUGACAGUAACCUAACUAAGCCAAGUGAAUAUUGUGACGAUAGGUUAAGCAACAAGAAUAGCGCAAGAUGUAGUGAGGUGAUCAAGAACAGCAAUGAUGAAAUGAAACGAAAAAAACAUACGAAAGAUAUUAGCAGCAAUAUUGUGCGAAACAAACAUAAAAAGUCCACCCUCCAUGAAGAAAAUAUAAUCAGCUCUAAACAAGAAAGUAAACCCAAAUCUGGUGACGAGUUCAGCUCUGUUUUUAAUAAAGAAAAUGAAUCAUCUAGAAAUCAAAAAGAUACAAUACGCUCACCAAGACUGUUCCCACUCAAACUGCUGCACCAGGUGUAG